UGCAUCAUGGAAAAUUGUGUCAUUGUUUCUUCGUUUGGGGACGUGAACUUUGUCACACAAAACUGAAAAAAGGGACUUGAGGCCUACUAGAGAGGCCGUACACAGAGAGUACAGUUAGGCCCUAGACACACAGGAUUUUGGUUUUAUUUAUGAUGGUCGAGUCGUGCCUUGGUGCUGUUGCUGGAGAAGUGCGCCCCACUGUGGUCAGAGAAAAAACAACCGGGCACUCAGUGUGCGGCACGCAGCAAACACAUUUCAGCUUUACCAGGCUGCUAGCUACCAUACGCGUCAACAGUCGACCUCUAUACCUAGAAGAGAAGAAAAUAUGGAUGGGAAUUAUUUCAACGUCACUUAACUGUCUAAGCGAUGACAUGCACUCCGUGUUUUGAGAACUGUCAAACUAAAUCGAGAGCCGUGGGCUAGCAGCCGGCAUGACUGAGGAGAAAUGCCCUCAGCUGGUGGACUACUUUGUGGUGGCAGGCCUGGUGGAGGGCAGCACCCCCAUGGACGAGGAUGGAGGAGGAGGAGGAGGAGGAGGACAGCAGCUGCAGAAUCGAGGAGGUGGAGGAGGGCGGCCGGUGGAGCCGGUGACGGAUGUGGUGGUGAUAGCGCGGGGGCUGGGGGAGGACGUGCCCGAGGGCUUCACCUGCAUCGAGAAGACGCUGGGGGGCCACCCGGCUGAGCUCAGCGCCGGCCUCAUCAACAACCCACACAUGUUCCUCUGCUACCGACGAGGACACGACAAGCCGCCCAUCGUGGAGCUGGGUGUCCUGUACGAGGGCAAGGAGCCGUCCAGGUCGGGCUGGGAUAUGAUUGACCACACCCCGUACGGCCGCUCGGCCAGCCUGAGCACGGGCAGCCCCACCACGCACCGCACCUUCCUGAUCUACCGCCGCGCGCCCGACUCGCAGGCCCUCAACACGCUGGGCGUCACCGACAUCUCGCUGCUCAUGCCCAGCAAAGCGGAGGUGGCGCCGCACACCUUCUGCCGCGUCGACAAGAACCUCAACACCGGCAUGUGGGGUCCAGCAUUGUACCUGUGCUACAAGAGGGCGGUAGCCAAAGCCAAUGCUCUUGUGUACGAGGCAGGUCUGAUUAGCCGGUACCCGGAGGAGGAUGUGGAGUCCUUCCCCCUGCCGGAGUCGGUGCCCAUGUUCUGCCUCCCCAUGGGGGUCACUGUGGAGAGCUGGCCCCUCAACACCAAGUACCAGCUGCCCGUCUUCUCCACAUUCGUCCUCACCAGUGCCACCGGGGAAAAGGUGUACGGUGCUGCCAUCCAGUUCUACGAGGCGUACCCGCGGGAGGCCCUGACGGAACGGCAGCGUGUGCGUCUGGGGCUGGUGAGCGUGGUGGACCGCCGGCCCAUCACCAGCCGCUCCGUGCAGGUGAAGAAGAGUGUGUGUGUGCUCUCCCAUUGGCCGUUCUUCACCGUCUUCCAGAAGUUCCUCACCUUCGUCUACCGAUACUCCAUCUCCGGACCCCACGUGCUGCCUCUGGAAAAGCACAUCUCCAGCUUCAUGCACAACGUCCCCUUCCCCUCCCCCCAGCGCCCACGCAUCCUGGUGCAGCUGUCCCCUUACGACAACCUGCUACUGUGCCAACCUGUCUCCUCGCCUCUUCCUCUCAGUGGUGCCAGUUUCCUGAAGCUUCUCCAGAACUUGGGUCCAGAGAACGCCUGUACGCUGCUGCUGGCCGUGCUGACAGAGCACAAGCUGCUACUGCACUCGUUACGGCCCGACGUGCUCACCUCCGUAGGGGAGGCCACCGUGUCCAUGACGUUCCCUCUGCGUUGGCACUGCCCCUACAUCCCACUGUGCCCGCUGCGUUUGGCCGACGUGCUGUGCGCCCCCAUGCCCUUCAUCGUGGGCGUGCAUUCCAGCUACUUCGACCUCUACGAUCCCCCGUCUGAUGUGGUGUGCGUGGACCUGGACAGCAACACCAUAUUCCAAUUGGAAGAUAAGAAGCCGUUGUCAUGGCGCUCGCUUCCUAGGAAACAUGCCAAGAUCUUGGUCAACUCCCUCACCAACUUGAACAAGACCCUGGAGAAAAUCUGCACGCCGGGUCAGGAGGAGGCGACUCUGGAGUUCCUGUUGACGGACUACGACCUGAUCUACGGCCGGCAGAAGCAGCUGGAGCUGGAGAUCCAGGAGGCCUUCCUGCGCUUCAUGAGCUGUCUGCUGAGGGGCUACCGCACAUACCUGCUGCCCAUUACACAGGCGCCCAGCGACCGCACCACCGACUGCAGCUCACUCUUCAACCUACAGGGGUUCCUCAAGUCUCGAGACCGCACGCAGCAGAAGUUCUACAACCAGCUGACCAGAACACAGAUGUUCACCCAGUUCAUCGAGGAGUGCUCCUUCGUCAGCGACCGCCACGCCUGUCUGGAGUUCUUCGAUGAGUGUGUGCAGAAAGUGGACGUGGAGAAGCCGGAGGAGGUGCGCCUGGUGGACCUGGACGAGACCCACAGUGGGGAGCACACCGUCUUCAUCAUGCCCCCCGAGGAGCCCCAGGAGGCAGACGGCUCCGAGUGCCCCGCACUAUACAGCUACGAGACGUUCCCCAUCCUGCAGCCGGAGCUGUUCGACCGGCCGCAAGACCAGCUGCGGGCCCCAGCCAAAGGAAGUGCUCCCAGCAGCCCUGCUCCGCGACGCACCAAACAGGAAAUCAAGUUGGCGCAGAAGCGUGCCCAGAAGUACGCCACUGUGCCGGACAUGUGGUCCAAGUGCCUGCUGGGCCACUGUUAUGGCCUGUGGUUCAUCUACCUGCCCACCUACGUCAAGGCGGAGGGCAACAAGAUGAGGGCCCUGCACACCGCCUACGAGGUCCUCAAGCACAUGGAGACGCGCAAGGUGGUGCUGCCCGAUGAGGUGUGCUACCGGAUCCUGAUGCAGCUGUGUGGCCAGUAUGGUGACCCGGUGCUGGCGGUGCGCGUACUGGUGGAGAUGAAGAAGGCCGGCAUCACGCCCAACACCAUCACCUACGGAUACUACAACAAGGCCGUCUUAGAGAGCAAGUGGCCCUCGACAAGUCAGGGCGGACGUCUGCGAUGGGCGAAGCUGCGGAACGUCAUCAUGGCCGUCGCCCAGUUCAGGCAGCCAAUCAAACACCGGCAGAAGAGUGACUCUGUCAGCUCACGCUCAGAUGUCAUCCUCUCCAAGCCCCGUCCCUACUCCGCUCUGGUUCGCCAGAACAGCUGGAGUGGCCUGAGUGAAAGCUCCAGCCACGAAUCACUGACCAGCUUGCUGACCAAGAGCAACAGCCUCAGCAGCAUGCGCUCCUCCAAUGACCCAGAGGUCAAGCUGGCUAGAAAAGCCGUGCUACGGAACGCCGGCGGCCCAGACGACCCCGCCGCCCGCAAGCCCCCCGCCGGGCCCCAGGAAGUGACCCCGAGCCUGCCCCCUGCUGGCGUCCUGGUGAAGCGCAGCCAGGUGUGCCUGUCCACCUUCUACAAGGACUGUGCCGAGACGCCGGAGCAGAACACUGACUGCAGGUGCCAACCAGGGGAGAGGGAGAGCAGGUCCACGGAUGCGCGGGACAGCCUGAGCCGCAAGACGCUGGACGAGAACUACAACCAUGUGUCGUCGUCGUCCCCGAGCCGCGGCCUGGCGGGCAAGCUGCAGCAGCUGCUGACGCCCACGCGCCACCGGGCCUUCGUGCGGCGUGCAGCCAGCGUGGAUGAGAGGCGACCGGGCGGCGGCGGCGGCCCGGGAGGGGGAGGACCAGGGAGCAGGGCCGCCGAGCGCAGGCAGGCACGCAAGGCACAGGUCACCGAGACACUGCUCAAGGCCAAGGAACGCCUGGUCAACGCAACCUCGGAGAGCUCGCUGUCAGUCGGAAGUGACAUUGACUUGACCGAGUUGCCUCACGGUCUGAAUUUCCCAAUAAGGAAAUCCUGGGACACCUCGUCACCAGAAGGAGCUGGACUGGAGGUGUUGAUGUCGAGCUGCUCUCUGUGUCGGAGCUGCAACUCUCUGGUGUACGACGAGGAGAUCAUGGCCGGCUGGACGUCGGACGACUCCAACCUCAACUCCAGCUGCCCCUUCUGCUCGUCCACCUUCGUCCCGCUGCUCAACGCCGAGAUCUGCGACCUGGGGCCCGUUAGCAGCUCCGACCGAGGCGCCCUGAACGUGGAGGACGAGGUGGAGAGUGCCAUGAGGCCCCCUGGUGGCCAGGACAGCUCAGAGCGGCUGCUGCACAACGGCCUGAGCGACGACUCCAGCUCUGAGACCAGCGGGUACUCGGAGACCAGCAGCAACAACACCCUCGGUUCGUCGUCGUUGAGUGGUCCCCCGCUCGUGACGGUGGCGUACCUGAGCCCCCUGGUGCUGCGUAAGGAGCUGGAGAGCCUGCUGGAGAACGAGGGGGAGGCGGUGCUGUCCCAGCCCCAGCUGCUUGACAGCCACUCUAUCAUCUUCUGGAACCUCGUCUGGUACUUCCAGCGCCUCGGCCUGCCCAGCAACCUGCUGCAGCUCAUACGUGCCUCGCAGCUCGCACAACACCUCACACAGAGUAUGGAGAACCCAGCUGUGAGGGUGCGGCUGCUGUGGGACACCCUGAUGCCUGACACGGACUACUGGCCUCCACUCUACGUCCUCUGGAGAAUGCACAAUGGCGCAACUCAGUGUGUUUCUUCCUCCUGUCCUGUAGGUGGCGCGCGUAUGCUGCGUUGCCACAGCUGGCGGCGGCAUAACCACCCCUUCACGCUGAGCUUCCUGGAGGAGGUGCUGCGCUGGGUGGGCAUGAACGAGGUGCACAAGGCCGUCACGCUCUUCCUGGAUACCAUCGCCAAGCAACCGGGCAACCCUCGCGUCCAGAGGAGUUUGUACAGAGAGAUCCUGUUCCUGACAUUGGCGGCCAUGGGGAAAGACCAUGUGGCUGCGUUUGACAAGAAGUACAAGACGGCCUACUCUCGGCUGAGUGGCUCCAUGGGGCGAGACGAGAUGCGGCGCAAGCGAGCGCAGCCACCCUCUCCCAAAGCCGUAGACUGCCGACGCUGCUUCCUGCUACCGCUGGAGUGCUGAUGAUGCCACCACCGACCCCCCUUCUCUCUACCACCACCACCUCCUCCUCCUCCUCCGUCUCUUCCUCUUCUUCCCUUCUUCUGUCUUCAUCGUACUGCUUCUCCUUAUCAUAGCCUGGGCCUACUGGAUGUUCCUUACCCCAACACCUGAUCACCACCACUUCACACCACCACAGCUGAUGCCUCUCCUUGCCCUCAGUCGUAGCAGCUGCAGAUGUUGCCUCUUCAGUGUGUUUCAGUGUGUCUCAGUGCGCUUUGCAGAGCCUUGGACCACAAUAGGCUUGACUGGCCUCUAGUCGUGAAGAGCCACAUCCUCCUGGUCUUUGCUCAACAACUUCCAACACAGCAACUCAUUCUGAAUCUUCUGCCACCAGAGGUGAUCGUACUCCCCCACCACCACUACCACCCUCUACCCCUGUUUGUAUUCUCUUGGUUUAGUGUCGCUUUCACAAGUUUUCAAGUGAGGGAUAUUGUCUUUCCACAAAGGAGGCAUAGCUUUCCUGGUCCAGAGACCUCUUUGGAAAUCAUGUCUCAUUUUGUGUGUGUCUCUUUUUUUUUUUUUUUAAAUCAUGCUUUGGAUUACAGAUGGACCAUACUUCACAAGAUGUUCUGGCUGGCAGGUGGCUUUUUUUCAGUUUCUUUUUUUUUCUUCGUUUUUGUCAAGUGGUCCUAGCCAUAAGUGGUCUAACCCCUUACACCUGCGUUCCUUAAGUGUAUUUGUUUUGUGCUGCCUUCUAUAUAUCUAUCUAUCUGCCUGAAACGCUCAGCAGCCUCUCCGUGCUGUAGACACAAUCCUAAACUAUGCACCUCAUAGGAAAAUCAAAUCAAACACACGUUGCAAUGCCUUCAAACUAGAACCAGUUAGUUAUCUACUAUGGCGUGGUCAAACCGCAAGUCUAUAGUACAGUAGACUAGAACGUGAACUGAGUGUGUGCUGUUAGCAUAGAAGGCCAAGGGCUUCAGCCGCAAUCUCUUCUGUAGUAUUAUUGCACCUUUAGUUACCCGCUGCAUCCUUUUUUUUAAUAUCUCCAACCUUGUUUCGCCAUCCCUGCCUUUUAUGUACGGAAAGAGGAAAAAAGAAAUCAACAACACUUGGACAUCUACUUAUCUGGAUUUCAAAGCUUUAUUUGAAGAGGCCCUGGUGAAAUGUUUCCUAAAGGAGACAGAUAGAGGAGUUGGAAAUGGACUGGACUAGAGAUGGGUGGCUCGCACUGGAGAGCAAACUAACAUGGGAGAUGAUGCUCCUCAUGGAGGACUAAACUGACACAGUUUGGAGGAAACAGGAGUUCAACGAGCCAGCCAGUUGCUCCACAACGCACAAGCCAGGCGGAGGUAGGACUGCCUGGAGAGGGUACAGGACUGCAGCGAGAACCCAGGGGAACCCCGAAGAUGGUCCGGGACAACAGGGAGAACCUAGCGGAACCAUGAGGAGGGUCUGGGACUGCAGGGAGAACCCAGGGGAACCCUGAGUGAACCUUAUGGGAUUCCAUAGGGACAGCUGUGUGAACCCGGAAGUAUUACACAGGGAAAGCAAGAGAACCCAGAGAGAAAGCAGAGGGAACCCAGACACAACACACAGGGAACUGAGACAACACCCUGGCAACCCAGACACAACACACAGGGAACUGAGACAACACCCUGGCAACCCAGAGACGACCCAUAGGGAACGUGGAGGGAAUCCAGAGACAACAGACAGGGAGCCCACAGAGAACGUAGAGGGAACCCACAGAGAACGUAGAGGGAACAGAGAGCGUAGAGGGAACAGGGUGUUGCCCUGCUGCUGUUGCAUGGUGGAGACUGGAGAGUAUAGAGGUCGACUCUGGUACACAGAAGCAGCACUCACAAGAAGACUUCACCGCAGAACACUUCACGUUACACAACACAACACACCGACGUGCAUACACUCCACUCUGCACAUACAGAGAACUGCUCAUUUUGGUUUUGUUUUGUGUGUUUUUUUGUUUUAAUUGGGGGGGGGGUGCAGUAAGGUUGCUCGACAUUCGGACUGACUAUGAUGCAGGACUUGUGCUAAGGACUCAGAGUGUGCGUUUAUUCAGAGACUGCAGAGAAAUAGCAGGGAUCUGGAAGGAAACUGACGAGAGAGGACUUGCGGACUUGUGUUUCCCUGACAGGUACUCAUGAGGAGUAUUCCAUGAACCUAGUGGUAAAUCAUCUAAUAGAAGAGCCUGGGGUCCUGAUUUUCUUAGCUAAAAUAGCACCUGUGGACGAUCUAUUAGCAGGUUUACCACUUCCUGUAGGUUGACUUAGCCAGGUUUAUCACUUAACCUUGUUCUUGGAAUUGUACCCUGGAAGGAAACUGAUGAGAGAGGACAUGUGGACUUGUGGUGUUUCCCUGUCAGGUACUCGUGGUGUCACCCGUUAGCGUCACCUCUGUUUUGUCCCUCCUGUGACCUUCACACACCGUGUUCUUCAGGUCUAGUGGUAAACCUCUGGUGAUCUUGUGCUAUACCGUAUAUUUGUCUUUAUCCCUGUGUGCGUAUGUGAUUUUUUUGUUUUUUUUGUUUUGUUUUGUUUUAUUUUCUUUGUUGCUUUUGUCUUUUCACAGCCUAAAGGGAUUAACAGUUUCAAAUGCACUGCUUUGUAAAGCUAGAGGAUGCACACCACUGUGACUGAUGUUGGGACGAUUGUUUUCAGUGAGGUCUGCUGACGAGGCGCUCACACAGAUGACAUUUCUGCCGCUGCGUUCACUCGUAUACAUUAGUAUGAGUGUAUGAGGGAAGCAGCUUAAAGUAACACCUUCUCCACGUAACUCUCAGAACUCGCAUGUGUUCCAGAACGCUUGCUCAGCUGACAGCCAGUUCUAGAACCCGCUUCAUGGGCUUCAUGCAGUGAAUGGACCUGCUCCUCUAAUCUGCUCUGUUUCGGCACUGACUUGUAAAAAAAAAAAAAAGAUUUCAUUUGGGUUAACUUUUCCUCUUUACUCCGUGGCCUGGCCGCUCCAGUCAAACUAGACAUUAUAGACUAGCUGCAUACAGCACAAUACAGCUGUAGCCUUCACCGGUUAUGUUGACGCUGUUUCCUCCUAAUCUAAAAGCGAUGAAUGACUUCUGCAAUAGCUCAUUUUGGUGGAACAAAAUAUUAUUUGACAGCAGCAAGGGCAACAACAAAAAAAGGGGUAACACCACCUAUUUUUGUGCAACGUGAAUACUGAUAGACAGGAACAUUGAGAGGAAACCUCAUUUAACACAAUUUAGAGACUUCAUAUUUUUAAUCUUGGCUGUGUAAAAUUUGAUGUUUUGAGCCCAACUCUUUCUGUAAUCAUCACCUCAUUAUUAUUGACCUUUGACAUCAGGUGAGGUCUGUGAGAAGGUUGUUAUAUUUCAGUACUGAUGUUAAAGGCUAACAGUAACCAUGGUGAGGGUGUUUUAUUUUGUUAUAGUAUUUUCUGCAGAAGAGCUCAGCAACAAGUGCAUGUGUCUAAUUGGAGUUUGGCAGAUACCCUCUGAAUUUUUCCCUCUUGAUUUUACUUCUUUAGGGAAAAUAAAGCUGUGAUUUGUUAUAUCAGUGAUUUGUUUCUGAACAUGUUGAAUGGAUAUUGGGAGAGAAAAAAAAGAUUCAGUACACUUUAUUUUAGUCUUAAAAAAUAAAUAAAUUCGUAUAUUCUUAUCGCACUGAUACAAUGUUGUAAUAUAACAUGUUAUAAAUAAAAGAUCACUGGUCAAAACUAUGAUCAUGUACUAUUUCAAAUACACAACGUUUGUGUUACCUUAUUUUACCCCCAUUAGUUUACCAAUGCAAAUUUUGCUAGGCAGAGUAAUUGCAAUAAUUGGUCAUGACCUGCAGAGGGCAGUAGAAGCCAAAGGGAGCUCAGAUUGUGCAUGGGAGUACGCCACUGUUGGAUGCAAUGGGCUGGAGACAGAGAGGGAAGAGGACUUAAAGUGUCAGUUUUUAUUUUUUAUGGUUAAAAUAUGAAAAUGAAGUAAAGAGAGUUGUAUUUAAAGUUUAUUGUGUUUGUUGUAGUAAUUUAUAUGGCGGUGUUAUGUUGUGAAUUACUUGUUUUAUUUUAUUUUGUUUAUUUUUUGUAAGAAAAUAUAAAAAAGAUCAUCUACCCUCAACCGUCUUAAGUCUCAUUAUUUAUUACGAAUUGUGUUCACAGUAUUCAGUGUAUUGACUUGAGUGCAAAUUGUCUUGCCAUAUGUAUCUUGUGUUCUCCAGUUUGAAGCAUGAUCCCUCUGCCACACCUAUUAUGUCUCACGUUCAUACUUAGACAUCCAAUGUUGAGUUGUACCAGGGCUGGAAUGGACAAAGGGCAUACAGUCAGUGCAUUUGCCCGGUGGACCGUUGUUACCUUCAUGUAAUGGUAUCAGUCCUCUUGUCGCUACAGCAAACAUCUCAGUCAGACUUAAAUGUUAAUUUUGGCUGUUAUGGUCAUAUUAGAUGAUUAAAAAUGUCACAUGCUUCAAGUUCAAUGUCUCUCUCAAUGUCUGGCAGACAGGUCUUUG